AUGAAUAUACACCGGUGCUGCCUACGCGGUCUUGGGAAAUGGUUGCUUGUCAAUCAACAUCCGUUUUCCCUUAUCGGGAAACAUAAAUCUUGUCCUGUAUUGCGCGGCGGAAGGCUACGCAGUCAGCUGUGGCGUGACUAUUACUGGCAUGAAACUAGCAUAUGGGUUUCUGUCCCUUUAAGCAAGGAAAACAACUGGCUUAGUGAUCUUGAUCUCCGCCACCAUUGCAUCAAGUCCGACUUUUCGCAGCAAGCGCUCGUGGCGAGUGACCUUGAUAGCCAAGUCACAGAGAUCAUUGAAUUGCUGGAGCGCAGUGUAGUUUUAUUCGCUGGGCUCAAGAAGAGAGCCCAACCCCAAGCGGGCACGGUGGCAAGACUUUCUGGUGGGGUUCGACAUGGUCCUCGAGUACAAGCCCGGGAGGACCAAUCAAGUUGCCGACGCACUAAGUCGAAAGGCCGAGUUGGCAUCCAACAAGUUAGAAGAGAUAGCAGACAUGAGCCAACUCAAAGGGGCCAUCCCCGAACGCAUAAGAGAGGGGUUGGAAAAGGACCCCGUAGCCCAGACCCUGCUGAAAAACGUGAGAAGCUUCAGUUAGAAGUUCCGCUCGAGUAG